GAGCAAUGGAGGAGGAGGAGGAGGGAAAGAGAUAAGUGAUCUGAAGGAGAGACGAUAGGACAAAAAAAAAGUGAUGAUGAUGAAUACAUUGGAAAGUUUUUUUGGCCCCGACGACGGUGUCAGAUUGAAUGGCCUGUGCGCAUGUGCGAAGGUGUCCGAACUGACAAUGCUCGUGAGAUGAAGAUAGUGCUGCUGCCGCUUCUGAGCUCAAGGAGGACGAGAGGAAUCCGCAAGCCGACGAGAUGAGAUCCAAGGCGAGGGCGAGAAAACUGGCCAAAAAUGAUAGCGAGGCAGUAGACAGCAUGUACGACACAGAGCUGAACGCUGCAGCGGGUGAGAGUGCAGAGGAGGAGACAGAGGACAGUGUCAUGUCUCCGAUCGCCAUGGGCCCUGCCUCGCCCCAGCCCAACAACGAAGACUUCACCCCAAAAGAAGGCUCACCCUAUGAGGUGCCUGUCUACAUUCCCGAUGACAUUCCCAUCCCCGCCCACCUGGAGCUGCGCGAGUCCUCCGUGCCAGGUGCUGGCCUUGGCAUCUGGGCCAAAACCAGAAUCGGGAUGGGCGAACGCUUCGGACCGUUCCACGGGCUGCACAGCGCCACCGUCAAAGAGACCACUUAUGGAUGGGAGCAAAUGCUGAAUGAUCACGAAGUGUCGUCACAGGAUAGCUGCAUCAAAAAGGUAGUGGACGACAUGGGCAAUGUGAAGUUCUGCCUGGACGAAGCGCUGGAGGCUAGCGGGAGCUGGCUAAAAUACGUACGGGCAGCGCCAUCCUACGAGGAGCACAACCUGGCUGUUUGUCAGAUUAGUGAAGAUCAGAUUUAUUAUAAAGCCAUUAGGGAUAUUGGAGUUGGGGAGGAGCUGCUGGUUUCUAUGAAGGACGGAGUUUUUCCCGAGGGCUCGAUGGCACCUAACCUGGAAGAUGAGCAAAUGUACCGCUGUGAAGACUGUGAUGAGCUCUUCUCGUCAAAGCUGGAGUUGCGACGGCACCAGAAAUACUCUUGCAACACCGGCAGCUCUAUUUUCGAUUCGUUAAGCGAAGACCUCAAACAGGAGCGGGACGACAACGACGAACCGGUGCACGAGUGUAAAGACUGUGAAAAGAUCUUUCCCAGCGAGUAUAGUCUUGGCCAGCAUAUGGUUGUACACACAGAUGAGCGGGAGUACAAGUGUGACCAGUGCCCUAAAGCUUUCAACUGGAAGUCCAACCUCAUUCGUCACCAGAUGUCACACGACAGUGGCAAGCGCUUCGAGUGUGAAAACUGUGAUAAGGUAUUCACAGACCCCAGUAACCUGCAGCGCCACAUUCGCUCACAGCAUGUCGGUGCCCGUGCCCACACCUGCCCUGAGUGUGGCAAGACCUUCGCUACAUCCUCAGGUCUCAAGCAGCACAAGCACAUCCACAGUAGUGUGAAGCCAUUCAUGUGUGAGGUGUGUCACAAGUCCUAUACCCAGUUUUCCAACCUGUGCCGCCACAAGCGAAUGCAUGCAGACUGCCGCACCCAGAUCAAGUGCAAGGACUGUGGGCAAAUGUUCAGCACUACCUCCUCCCUCAAUAAGCAUCGGCGCUUCUGCGAGGGAAAGAACCAUUAUAGUCAUGGAGGCAUAUUCACGCCAGGCAUCCCUAUGACCUCCAGUCCCAUCAUGGGCAAGUCCAAGCCGCAUCCUGGCCUGAAUCACAGUGGACUUGGCUUCGGUGAUUACUUCCCCUCGCGGCCUCAUCAUCCAGGCCUCCCCUUCUCUACUGCCCCUCCUGCAUUCCCGUCGCUUUCCCAUGGCUUCACAGGGAUCUUUCCCCCAUCACUGUAUCCUAGGCCCACAUUGUUACCCCCUAGCCCAUUACUAAAGAGUCCACUGAGUAACAGUCAAGAUGGGAAGCUUCCUCAUAGUCCCCUUGAUGCCCCUGCUCUCUCAAUGGUCACAUCUGUUAGCAACACCAAUGGCAAUGCAGGUAGUGGCCUUAGCCAGUCAGAGAUGAAUCGUGAGUCUACGCAGGAACUGUCCAUGUCAGACAGUAAGAAUAAGGUAAAAAUGAGUGACAUGUCUGACGGCAGCGAUUUAGAGGAUGUUAAUACCACCAGCGGCACUGAUCUAGACACCACCACUGGCACAGUUUCUGGCUCCGAUCUAGACAGCGAGGCGGAGAGCGAGCGAGAGAAGAGUCGAAGGAAACACAGACAGGAAGGCAAACAAGAGGAGGUCAACAGCAGUGUAGUGUCAGUGUCCAGCUCAGGUAACCUUCCUCAUGAUCGCCCUUUCCUCUCUUCCCAGCAUUCCUUCUUUCCUCCACCCGAUGAGCAGGCACUCCCACCUACUGCUGCCACAACCGACUCUAUCAAAGCCAUCGCUUCCAUUGCUGAAAAGUACUUUGGGCCAGGCUUUAUGGGCUUGCAGGAGAAGAAAAUGGGCUCCUUGUCUUACCCUUCCAUGUUCCCCUUUCAGUUCUUACCCAACUUUCCACAUUCCUUGUACCCUUUCACAGACAGAGGACUCAACCCUAACAUGUUCCUAAAACCAGAACCCAAAUCACCUCGUGAGCACAUACAGAAAAUGGCUACCACCACUGCUGCAGAGUCACCCUUUGACCUCACCACCAAGCCCAAGGAAGUGAAACCUUUCCUUCCACCCUCCGUCAAGCCCUCUAGUGCACUUCUUCCCAGUGGUGAGGAUCAGCCUCUUGAUCUGAGCAUUGGAGGCCGGAGCAGAGCCAGUCAGAAUGGUGGAACACACGAGCAGCGUAAGAAUCACGUCCAUAGCACCAACUGCAAGACGCCAACUAAAGAUGAGCAUCCAGUGCUGAACCAAUCUCAGAACCUCCACCAGCCCCAGAUGACUCAGCAGCAAGUGUCCCUUCCGCAGCCUCCUCUUCAGCAGCAGCCCUCGCUCCACUACGCCAAGCCUUCGCCCUUCUUCAUGGAUCCCAUCUACAGCAGGGUGGAGAAAAGGAAGCUGAUAGAUCCUGUAGGAGCACUAAAGGAGAAGUACCUGAGACCAUCUCCGCUGCUCUUCCACCCUCAGGUGUCUGCGAUGGAGAACAUGACCGAGAAGCUGGAGAACUUUGGCACUUUGAAACUGGACGCUCCCAAUUCGCUACAGCACUCCUCACAUCACCUCUUCAACUUCCGCUCCCCUCCUCCUUCUCUGUCUGACGCUAUCCUCCGCAAAGGCAAAGAACGCUAUGCCUGCAGGUACUGUGGGAAAAUCUUUCCCAGGUCGGCUAAUCUUACCAGGCACUUACGAACACACACAGGAGAGCAACCCUACAGAUGUAAAUACUGUGACCGUUCCUUCAGCAUCUCAUCCAACCUCCAGCGACACGUUCGCAACAUUCACAAUAAAGAGAAGCCGUUCAAGUGCCACCUGUGUAACCGCUGCUUCGGUCAGCAGACCAACCUGGACCGCCACUUAAAGAAACACGAGCAUGAGAAUAUCCCAGUGAGCCAGCACUCUGGGAUUCUCUCAAAUUUGGGAACAAAUAUCUCCUCUCCAAACUCCGAACCUGACAAUCACGCACUUUUAGACGAAAAAGAGGACUCGUAUUUCUCAGAGAUUAGAAACUUCAUCUCCAAUAGCGAGCUGAACCAGGCCUGCAGCUCCUCAGAGAAAAGGUCGGAAAUGACGGAGGACGAGCGUCCUGAGAGCCACGCCGUCACGGACUCCAAGCUGGAGGAGGAGGAAGAGGAGGCAGAGGGAGACGACGAAGAUGAGGAAGGCUCGUUAACAGAAAAGUCCCAGGAUGAGAUGACUUCUCCCGCCACCAUGGUGCAAGGCACUUACGACGAUGACGAGGAAGCCGCUCCGCUCUCCAUGACUUACGAACACCCACGCAGGUGUAUUGAGGAGGAUGCAGGCCUGUUAGAUCUGGAGCCUCUGCCUGGCUUUCCAAAGGGCCUGGAGCUCCAUAAGCCUGCUGACGAGCCGUUUGACGUUAAAGACAUAUUUAACACCUCCUUAGAGUCUGAGGCGCUGAAAGAAACACUCUUGAGGCAGGCUAAAACCCAGGCUUAUGCAAUGAUGCUCUCUCUGUCGGAGAACAACCCCCUGCAUCCAUCCUCCCAGAACUCACUAGACGCCUGGCUGAACAUGGGAGGAGGCCCUUCAGAAACCAGCUCCUUUCACCCACUCAACCACAUCUAAGCCCAGAGAGCAAGGAGAUGAGGAGUGGUCGGAGGGAGAGGAGGAGGAGGAGGAGGAGAGAGAGAGAGAGAGAGAGAGAGAGAGAGAGAGAGUGGGCAGUAGGAAUGGGUAAAGACCACCAUGAAGGAGAUGCAUGUGUUACAAUAGCACAUGAAGACCAGUGAUGCUUACAGUAGACGAAUCACCACUUCGACUGGGAAAAGGGGGAGGAGUUUAGCUGAAAGACUGUUAGCUGAAACAGAGACUUGAACCAGUAGAGCUGUAGAUAUCUCCUUCCCACAACAGAGAGACAAAAGACUGACCACUCCACUCUGUACAAUCUGUUUUAAAGCUCAAUCUGCAGUUUUUUCCUCGGAAACUCGGUCUUGGAAAAAAAACAAAAAACAACAACCCAUGUAUCCCCGUGACAUCCCAAAUCUGUCUCAUUCAUCAUUUCUCAUUAGGACAGCCAUGCUUAUUAAAGUGACGAUAGAUGAAAGAAGAAGGAAAC